AUGGGAAAAUUGCCAGUAUUCGUUACGACGCCAAAGUGGAACCUGCCAGCACGAUUCAUCAGGUUCCUGGUCGAGACCGGCUACAAAGACAAGCCCAAAAUCGAUAAAGACGGCAAGUUGAUGUUGCAUCGUCGCACAGCACUGUUUUGUGCAUUUUGCAAGGAAAUUUAUCCCUUCGGUCGUGAGCUCUUUAAAAUUUACGAUCGAUUUGAUAUCAAUUACAUCGACGAGGAGUCCGGCUACACGCAUUUCCACGUGGCCUGCGAGUGGGGCUGCAUAGACGUCGUCGAGAAAUUCCUCGAGCUCGGCCAGGAUCCCAAUAUCCUCGACACAGAGACAGGCACUUCACCGCUACACGCGGCACUGAUGUUCGAUCACGUGGAUCCAGAGAUAGUCGAAAUAUUGCUGAGACACGGCGCUGAUCCGAAUGUGGCCAACAAGAAAGGACUCACAGCUGUGCACUUCAUCAGCAUGGGUCCCGAAGAUAGCGACUUGAUGCAGAUGUUGAUCGAUCUCACCGACUACAAACAUCAGCCGGUGCGUAUCAACCUACAAGAUGAGAGCGGCUUGACAGCUCUGGAAUAUGCCGUGGCCCGCAACCUCAAAAAUGUGACCGAAAUACUGCUGAAAAAUGGCGCAGAACCGAAUUACAUCGAUGAGACUGGAUCCGCACCUCUGCACAGGGUUUGCUUGGAAAACAACGACGUCGAAUUGGCGAAGAUGCUGCUCAAGUUCGGUGCGAGGAUCGAUGUCCAGAACCAAGACGGCUACACACCAUUGCAUCAUGCUGUGUAUAGAGGCAACAAGUCAUUGGUCGAGUUCCUGCUAAGAAAUGGCGCCGACCCGAAUAAAGCCAAAAACGACGGAUCUACUGCUCUGCACAUAAUUUGCGAUAGCGAGUCUGAUGAUGCUGCUGCAUUUUUGGAGACAUUUUUCAAGAUCUGCAAGGAUACACGUCAAAAGUUACAAAUCGAGGCUCGGGACAAUAAGGGCCUAACACCCCUUCAAUUUGCCGUGGCUAAUGUCAGACCCAAUAUGGUCGAUGUACUCUUGAAUCAUGGGGCCGAUCUCACGAGUGUGUGGAAAAAGACACGAGUGACGAACCGAGACUUUAAGGUCAGUAAAGUAACUAUUGAAAUAAAAGAAGUAAAAAGUAUUUUCCUAGUUCUGGUUUAA